UGUCGUGUUUAUGGGAUCAGAAGUUCGAAUGCAAUGAGUAAAAAUAAACGUAAACGGCGAUUGAAAGAACAGGAUUUCAAGAAAAAAAAACUCAAAGUUGGAAAGAAGCUUCCCCUGCCAGACAACGUGACAAAAACCAAUUUUAAAGCAAGGAGCAUAAAUAUAAUACAAAAUUUGAAACCAGCAGAAAAUGUGAUCAGUGACGAUGGCAACAAAAAAGAAGGAAAGUUUAAAGAGCUUCUUAACUGUUGCUCACAUUACAAUGUUCAGGCACGAGAGAAUGCUCUCAUCGGACUUAAAGAUUUAUUCAAAACCCAUCCAAGGAUUCUAAAGGAUAAUCUUGGUCAAGUUCUACAGCGAAUACUGAACACUGUCACUGAUGUCCACGAAUCAGUUCGCAAAGCUUUCUAUGCAAUUAUUUCUAUGAUAUUUGAAAGUAAUGCAACAUCCGAUAUUUCCCCAUUUUUUGCGAGUAUUCAAGCACACCUUUGCUCAGCCAUGACGCACUUAAGUGAAAAUGUCUGUAUUGACUCAAUGAAAUUUCUUGACCUUUGUCUAAAACAUUUCCCACAGAUUGUAAGGCAAGAUCCACAAACCGUUUUGUCAAAUUUCAUAAAUAUUAUAUCUGUUGAAAAACAUAGCUUGUAUAAGAAAAGUUCUGGGUCCCAUAACGUACAGUUCCAAGCUAAAACAAUAACACAGACAACACAACUUACGGUCUUAAAAAGAUUAAAUCAACUAGUCAGUGUAUCAUUUAAAGGCGUGGUCAACAUAAAAUACAGCACUUCCUCCAAAUUUGUGACCUCAAAUGACAACAACGACAGCAGAAGUCAUAGAAACGCCCGCGUGGACCUAAAUCGACAGAGCAUCGAAAUCUCACCGCUCAACACAGGUCCCACAGUCCUCAGAUCAUCUCAUCCAGUAUUUGUUACCAAUUUUACCUUAAACCGUGCCUCCUCCGACAGAAAAACGACACUAUCCAAUAGUUGGCUUAUAGAGUUUGUCCAACGUAUUUUCCCAGUUUUGCUAGAGUACUGGAUCGAGUGUUGUCCUACAGAAUUCAGCACGAGUCUCAUUCCCGUUCCCAGGCGAUCUCUUUCGCUCUUAAUCAUGAAAGAAAUGCUCGAGAUUUUCAACUCUCUUGUCGAAAGUUUGGAAAAGAGUUGUUCGGGUGAAAGCAAGUUUCAAGACUUUCUAAGAAGUGAAAUGUUCUCCCAACUCCACACUCACUUAAUCAAAAUUUUCCCGCUCAGUUUUCACGUACAAGCUGGUGGACGAAAAGAAAGGGCUGAAUCGCAGGAGAAUAUUACCGAUAUACGUUUGAAUAUGCUUAUAGCUCAGUUGCUGUUUCGUCUCAUUUCUAUCAAUCCCGAUGCGAUUGGUCAAACGAGAUUAACGUCUUUGGUUCUAUGCUAUCUAAAAAAUACAUUAACCAUUCAAGGUAGCAGCAAAGGUAACGCAAAGAUCGGUCAAUUUGACUUUGUUGCACUCGUUGGUCUUGUCAAGAUGUUUGUCUUCAACAUGCCUAAGGUAUUCAAAGGUGAAAAAAUACAAUUGAUACGAAGCUUGUAUGCUGUUCAAGAAAAUAGGUCUAAAGGGACUAAUAAAAUGAUUUUAACAAGUGUAUUGGCAGAAAUCGUUGGCAGUGCAAGUGAAUAUGGGCAUGACAUGAUUGCUGUGUUGAGUGAUUGGAUAAUAUUCUUGUUGAAACAUUUGCGCCAAGACACGUCUGAAGAACUACAUUGUCAGGUACUUUCGAUUUGUAAAUCUGCAAGUCUGCAAAAUUUUCCAAAUUUGUCGAACUGCAUUGGGGAGACCUUGCCCCGUUUAUUUCAAAAAUUUUCAACGCGAUCCGUGAAAGCUCAAAAACUUCUAAUAGAACUUUUGUUCUACAAUAAGCGAUGUCCAUCCAAGCAUCUGUAUGAAGUCUUGGUUCGGUUAUGCCACUCGAGGUGUAUUUCAUUUGAAGUAUUUGAAUAUCUUCUUUUCGUUCUUUUUCGAUUGGUUAAUUUUAAUAGCAAUCAGUGCACUACACCAAACUUUAGUAAUUUCUUCAGUUUCUUAUUCUCCGUCAUUAUUGGCUACAGCACUGAGGAAUUAAAUAAGCUUCGAGCAUUGUCAUUUGAAGAUUCAGGCUUCUACUCUUUUAAAGACUUAAACGCAGUUAUUGCCGUCUUUGAUGGCAAGAUGUUGAAUUUUCAAAUUACAAAGGAAAAAUGGAGCGAUCUAAAGAAGAUAAGUCAUGUUAUUUGUGAAAUAAUGCCUAAAACUAAACAUCCAAAAGGUCUUUUUCCAAUUUUUUCCAACACGCUUAGCACAUUGUUUACAGCGUAUCAUGUUUUACCGCUAGCUGCAGUGUAUAAAACGCUCAAAUUUGUCGAAGCCAUUCUCUUACUGGCCAAUAAUGUAGGUGCUUUGUAUGAUGAAGCCACUCUGCCAUUGGAAGGUGAUUCAGAGCAAUACAGAGAUCUUUUUGUGGCACUUUCCAAGUGGUGUGCGACAGUUUGGAGUUUUGCAUUUAAAAUCUCUAUGGAAUUUGGAAAGGGAGAGUUGAUUGAGACAGUCUGUAAAGAUGUGAAAGCAGUCACACUUCAGCUUUGUAAACUAUCCGAGGGUAUUACGGAAAAUAUUCUGCGUUCACUCGUUCCAACUACUCUUCACGAUGACAGCAUUCGCUGCACUUGCGAAGUCAUCACUGAUGUAUUCAAGUACCUACGAGUUUGCUUCAAACAGUCUCAUCGUACUUCGAUCCUCGACUUGUAUACUAGUAUCAACAAGGCAUUCAAUGAUGGGAAGUUAGACGGCCAAACGUUUUCUGACUUCAAAUACCAAUACCAAAUAUGUUUGACGACUUUGGGUGGUUAACACUCUAUUAUUUACUGAUUAUUGAAUACAUUUUGAAUUGUUGUGUAGAAAUGUGUAGUAUAAUUAUUUAAAUAUUUUGUUAUUCAAUAAUAUGUGACGUUAAUUCGGAGUAAAAGAUUUCUUUUGAUAUUUCUCAA